UGUCGAAUAGCCAAGAUAAAGUGUUGUUGACAACGACGUAUUGACCAUGCUUCUCCAAGUGUCAGUGACUUGCAGUCUUGCAGAAACGUAAUCUCCACCGACAACUCUUUGAAUUCCCUCAUAGCUUGGUGAUCAACUUGUGGCAGUUAGUGUUACUCCAGACCCCAUCGGACCUAGUAUGCAUCGACCAAGUCGCCUCGUCUUUGCCCUUCUUCUGUUUCUAUUCACUCUUUCCUUUGCCCUCUCUCGAACGAAAUGCCCACCCAUCCCCAACUGGACCCUCCUCUCCGUCAACGUAACCUACAGCAACGAGACCUACACUCCAGGCGUCGUCUCUCUGGAGGUGCUGAGCUCGAGUACGAACGGAACCGACGUCUUCACCUGCGACUUGCAGUUCAAUAGCAUCUGUCUGCCCGACGAGACGCGAUUGCCAAGCGACAGAGAGGUUCUGAUGACGUUUUACAUCAGCAUUGAGCUGGCGCGGAUCACCUUCAACAAGACGUGGGAGUGUGGUAGUGGCCAAGGAGGGGCUGGGACGCCAGAAACGCCGAGGUCGCAGUACGCCAUCGGAUACGGCGAAUUCCAUAUGGCCUGUCCCGAGGUGAUUACGGAGGACGUGACUUGUGUCGGACCAGCCGAGGGGAUGAUGGAGCUUGAUGGGGCCAUUGUUGAGGCACCGCCGCCAUCACAAGAGGAGGAGGAAGCGACGGAUGAAAUAGUAUGAGAUGUGGAGAGCGAAGAAGUCGCAGUGAGCUUCCUCGUCAUCAGCUAAGGGGAGGAAUUUUAGGUAGCUGCAGCGAAUGUGGAUGUACCCCAAGUGGUAAUCCGGAAUGACACCGAGCAAAGCUUAAUGAUGAGGGUGCCGAGGAUGGUGUUUAGGUUG